AUGGUAAGAAAUUAUCAUGGUGGUCAAUGUGAUGGGAAUAGAACUAUUCGUUGGGAUCAGUUUUGUGAUGGAAUUUAUGAUUGUUUAAAUAAAUAUGAUGAAGAAGGACCAUUUUGCAGACAAUGUGUUAACAAUUUAUAUUCAUGUCCGCCUGAAGAUGAUAUUCGAUGUGAUUUAGCAUGCAAAGUUGUUGGUUACAUACCAUGUCAAUCUAUACAAAAUCGUCGAGUAUGUUCAAGUAUUUUACAAGGAUAUGAUAAUCAUCACUCAAACUUCACGCCUUAUUUAUUGCUCAAAGACUUUAAUUUCUAUGUGGCUGUUGGAAUUGCCACUAUUGUUUUUCUAAUUAUUAUUAUUGCUACAACGUGGUUUAUAAGAUAUCUUAUUCGGACAAAUAAAAAUAUCAGACCUUGUUUUUUAAACUUUUCUAAAAACUCUUCAAAUACAACAACAUCUCAAUACAUAUCAGAUUGUCAACAAAAUUUUUCAUCGAAUCAAGAUGAAUCUAGUCAUUCAUACGAACAAUCCUAUGAACCUCCACCAUACUAUACUGCUCAUAAAUAUCCGGAAACUGAAAUUCGCCUAGAAAAUCAAUCACCACAACAGAAAAUAUAUCGUACCGUCCGAGAAAUCUAUGAACAUUCAUUGUGA